UAAACAUCAUUAUAUUUUGAGAGUAGAUUUAAAGGACAAAGUAGUAGAUACAUAUAGGAUCUAAGGAGAAGUGUGGACAUAGAAGAGAUAGAAGCAAAAAAAACCCUGUUUUUUAUAGAAGAGAUUGAAGGAGAUUAUAUAAAGAGUAGAGGUGGGGGUAGUGGUAUAAAAAAUCAGAGUUUAGAAAGAGAUAAAACUCCACUUCUUACUGCAGAAGUAGCUAGCAGGUGAUCACAACAGCUGAAUACUUGCAGAUGAUGGCAGCCUACUAUCCCAACAAUCUCACCAGUGACCACAUUCAACAGUACUUGGAUGAGAAUAAAUCUUUGAUUCUGAAGAUUGUGGAGACGCAAAACUCCGGUAAACACGCGGAGACUGCUGAAAACCAAGCGAGGCUUCAAAGAAACCUAAUGUAUCUGGCUGCAAUUGCUGAUUCACAACCACAACUUCCCUCCAUGCAUUCCCAGUACGCUACGGCGGCUGAGAGCGGGAUGGGGCAGCAGUCCGGAGCGCGCUACCUGCAGCAGCCACAUCAAGCACAGCAAAUGGCGUCACAAUCCCUCAUGGCAGCGCGCUACUCUAUGAUGUACGGGCAGCAGCAGCAGCAGGCAGCAUUGUACGGCCAUCUCGGGAUGAGUUCUGGCAGUGGGUUCCAGAUACUGCAGAGUGAGGCAGCUGCACCUGUGCAUGACGGAAGCAGCGGUGGCAGCGGGAGUUUCGGUGAUUUCGGAUUGGGCAGUGGUUGCGAAGGCGGGGAGAGGAGCUAGGGAGCUCUAGUGAUGGAUGGUGGUGGGUGGCCAGAGGUAAAACUACUAGGGAGUAUUAAAUUAAUUAUAUUAAUGAUGGACAUAGUUAAUGUAAUCUCAUGCAUGUUUUUGACUUUUCAUUUUGGAUGCAAAUCUGAAAUGCAUGCAGAGAUGAUCAGCUAGCUUAGCUUAGCUUGAUGCAGCUGGUAGAGAGAGUAGCUUCCUAUGUAUAUGUUUAGGUCAUCCUAGAUUAUUCUAAUAUGUGUUUCUUCAUCUUCUAUUCUCUCAUCACUUUACCAUCUAGUCUUCAACUUAAAUGCAUGCAUUAGCUUGGUUCUAAAUAAAUGCUUGAGUUAAUU